AUUUAUCUCGAACAAUAAUCUGUACAAUUUAAAUUUGAAUAAAAUUUGCGAUAACCUCUUUUUUUAAGAAGCGUAAUUAAUUUCGCAUCGCGAAUUGGGUAAAAGUCGAGUAAUUUUGAAAAUUUCGAAAAACUGGGUGGGUAAGCCACAACAAAAAGAUUCACGGAUUGUCCAUUGAACAGCUUACUCGAUUUCCGACAUGACAUGAAAGAGAGACGGCGAUAUACGGAUGCUAUGGAAACGACAAAGAUGUUACUUUUGCCAGAUGUUAAAAAGGUUGAGGUUUAUGAAAAGUUAAAGUUUGGUGCGAGAGUUUCAGUACUGAAGUAAAUGUUCUUUAUUUGAUAGAAAACCACCACUGUAGAAUUAAUAGUAAUUUUUUUGUAAAUUCGAAGGCUAAAUGCGUACCCGUGAAUUCUGAAUUAGAUUAAGACUAGUCGAUUUAUAAGUUAAAAUGGCGAUUUGAAGAGUGGAAUAUAUGAAGGUGGAUAUAUGAAAUUUCUCUGCGUUCGGAUCCGUCACGAUGGAAGAUAAUUCUCUAAACAUGCAAAACGGCGGGCAAAUGGGCCCCCAGGGUGGUUCGGUCGGCAACAACAAACAAAACGACGAGAUCAACCCGAAGUCCCAAUAUUCCAUACCGGGCAUCUUACAUUUUAUCCAACACGAAUGGGCCAGGUUCGAAUUGGAGAGGUCCCAAUGGGAGGUCGAUAGGGCCGAAUUACAAGCUCGAAUCGCGUUCCUGCAGGGCGAGCGAAAGGGCCAGGAGAACCUCAAGAACGACCUGGUGAGGCGCAUCAAAAUGCUCGAAUACGCCUUGAAACAAGAACGCGCCAAAUUCCACAAGCUGAAAUACGGCACAGAACUGCAACAAGGUGAUAUGAAACCGCCUGUGAUAGACGAAUCGAGCGAAUCUCAAUUGGACAGCGACCAAUCGUUCGUGUCCGUGUCGAAUUCCACGUGGAAGCAGGGCAGGCAGCUGCUGCGCCAGUACCUGCAGGAGAUCGGCUACACGGACCGCAUCAUCGACGUCAGAUCGACGCGCGUCCGCGCCCUCUUGGGCCUCAACAACAACAACGCCGAUCAGGAGGACAACCAGAACGGCGGCGGCCUCAACGCCAACGAGUCCAACAAACGGGCCAGCGAAACGCAAGGGAGAAGGACUCCGGCCAAGAAGGCCCAGCCGAGUUCGCUCGCGGAAGCCAUGAUGUUGGACACGGAGGCGGCCGUGAUGGCGAAUUUGGAGUUUUUAUCGAACACCGACGUCGAUAUGGACGACGACGACGACAUGAACGACGACGCCGAUAUCGAGCCGGGCGACGAGAUCGAGGACGACGUGAAAAUGGGAAAGAAAGAUAAAAUGGAUAAUGAUUUAGGUUUAGGAGACGACGUCGACGCGAUAGCCUUAGAAGUGUUCAACGAACUCAAUAGACUCUCCGAAGCCGAAAAGAAGCAGGACAUUAAAACCGAACAAGGAAAGAGAGCCAUAGGAAUAAACGAUGAAGAUAACGUGGAUUCCUCGUUGGGACUCGGCGAGUUGGCUCAGCUUACCGUUAACAACGAUGCUGAGUCUACCUAUGAUAUUGCUAGUAGUAAGGAGGCAUUUAGGAAGACGUGGAACGCUAAAUAUACGUUACGCAGUCAUUUCGACGCCGUACGAGCGCUCGCCUUCCAUCCGACCGAGCCCGUUUUAAUAACGGCCAGCGAAGAUCACACGUUGAAAUUGUGGAACCUGCAAAAGACCGUUCCCGCUAAGAAAAGCGCCUCGCUCGAUGUGGAGCCUUUGUAUACAUUUAGAAGUCAUACCGGUCCAGUGCUGUGCUUGGCCAUAUCGGGUACGGGCGAGCAUUGUUACUCGGGCGGAUUAGACGGCAUAAUAAAUUGUUGGAACGUGCCGAAUUCGAAUAUCGAUCCGUACGAUCUGUACGAACCGGACAUAUUGAACGCGAAUUUGCACGGCCAUUCGGACGCCGUAUGGGGAUUGGCCGUGCUCAAUUCCAAGCAGUAUUUGCUGUCCUGUUCGGCCGAUAAAACGGUGAAAUUGUGGGCGCCACACGCUAAACAACAACUUCUCUCUACGUACGUUUCGGAACAGGACGGCAUACCUUCCAGCGUGGACUUCGUCAGAGACGAACCGAACCGCAUCGUGGCGUCCUAUUUUAGUCUAAAUUGUGUUAUAUUCGAUACGGAAACGGGUAAACCGGUGGCGCGUUUGGAAUCGACCGCCGCCGAUGGCGUCAACAGCACCGCCAGGCAGAUCAACAAGAUCGUCUGCCAUCCGACGUUGCCUUUGACGAUUACCGCCCACGAGGAUAGGCAUAUUCGAUUUUGGGACAACCACACCGGCAAAAUGGUCCAUUCGAUGGUCGCCCAUUUGGACGCCGUUACCAGCUUGGCCGUCGAUCCCAACGGGUUGUACCUUCUUUCCGGUUCACAUGAUUGUUCGAUAAGAUUGUGGCAUUUGGAUAACAAGACGUGCGUGCAAGAGAUAACGGCUCAUCGUAAGAAAUUCGAUGAGAGCAUUUUGGAUGUCGCUUUCCAUCCGUCGAGACCCUACAUAGCUAGCGCAGGCGCCGAUGGUUUGGCCAAAGUGUUUGUGUAAUAAUACCAUUGAAUAAAAAAAAAGAAUGUGUAUUUGUGUAAAAACUCUUAUAUAGAACUUCUUCGUAUUAUAAGAACGUUACAGAAAAGUGAUUUAUUAUUUAAUUUUGUCGUCUUUUUGCUUUUUAUAUUUUGUAGGUUAGGUGUACAUAUACCACGAUUUUUAAUGUUUUGUAUAUACAUUCUCUAGAUCACUUGCAUAUUAUUAUCUGUAAUCGUUUGUAAAUAAGUUUAUUUAUUCAAUGCUAACGGUUUUAUUAUUAUUUUUUAUUUGGUUUCUAAUUAAAUUUCUCCAAGAUUAACCAGUGAUUAUAACAGAAAAUGGUUGUAUUAUUCGUUCGUACGAUUUAAUGAUGGUGCUAUUUAAAUAAUAAUUAACAUCAACUUUUUUAAUUUCGAUACUAUAUAAAAUUUUCAGAAGGGUUUUCUUCUCGAUUAAAGUCCGAUUAGUUGACUUUGAGUCAUUUACUCGGUUUUAUCAAACCAGAAGGCCGCCCUUUGUACAUAAAUACAAAUAAUAUUUUUAAAAUAUACACGUAAGACCCUUAAAAUAGUUUGAUGAAACGUUUAGCAUAACUUUGAACAAAUACUACAACUAUAAACGAUUUGACUGACACAUUUUUAUUCUUAUUUUUCUUUUAUUUUUUCGCUUUUUUUACGCAAUAAGUAAAAUAUACACGCUAUAAAAUUCCAUUUGCGAUAAUCGAUUUUUAUCAGUAAAUAGUUUGUGUGUCGAAGUAGAUGAAAAUUUGUGAAACACGUCAAUAUAACAUAUACCUAACAUUUAGAUAUGUAUAUAAAAUUUCAUUAUCGGCAGUUGGAUUGAUUUGAUUGAUCACUUUUUUGUGUACAUUAAAUUUGUCCUACCGAAUCCUGAUAAGACAAAAAAAAAAACCGUACAGGAUGUCCCGAAAAGAUUGGUCGUAAAAUAAAUCGCCUAUAUUAUUACAUUUUAAACUUACCCUGUAACUUUUUUGUAUUUACGAGGGAUAUGUGAUAUAUUUUAAGACCAAUCUUAUCGGGACACCCUGUAUAUCGCAUAUUGAAUGUAAUUGUAAUGAAAUACAGCGGGUUGCAGGACCUUUAGUCAUUAAAGUUUUAAAAGUACCUAUUGAUUGUAUCUACUAUCCUUCUAAUUUCCGAGCUCUUGUUUAAACGGGGGAAUUUAAAAUAUCGACAAGCUUUGGAGAGACUACACGAAUCAUUUUUUUUUGUAAAAAAAGUUAGUUUAGGAAAAUAUUUUAACCUUGUAUUAUUUGAAACAAAUUGUGUAUUUAUAAGUAUCAAUGCUAACGCGGGUUUAAAUGAAAUAAUAUUCGCGUAUUUAAGCAUACAAAUCGAUCUUGUUUUUGUAAUUAAUCCUAGUAUUUUACAAUUGUGGUAAACCUCGUAGAAUU